AGACAUCCGCCAAAAAGCCGAUGGGACAAACACUCCUGACAGGGAGUGAAUGAUUUUAUUCAGCGUGGAUUAAAAUUAAUAUCAACGAGAAUUUGACAUUGCCACGUGUUUGAUGCUUAGUGAUUAAUAAGAAAUGAGUUGACUUGGUUUCGCGAAGAGUAUUUCGGGGCGUUAGUUUGUGGGAUUAAUUUCCAUGCAGUCUUUCAGCGGAAGCCGAUCGUGGAGGGAUGGGCUGUGAGGUGUUCAAGAUGGCGGCGCCCUGUGGAGUGAAGCUACUCUAACAGAGGUGCCUGGAGACUGAAUUGGUGGGUGGCCCCAAGAGAGUCCUCCAGGCAGGAAGGAAGGCCCAGACACGGUGUGAGAAGGACACCGCCCUCCACCAAGAGCACUGCCACCAUGGCAAGGGAACAGCCAAGCAUGGGGGACCUCCUCCCGCUCUUGGAGACCUCCGACCUCCACCAGCUGGAAGAGAUCAGAGGCCUUAUUAAUGAGCAACUCAGCACUGAACGAGGGUCUGUGCUGCUCAACGGGCUGGUGGACUACUUUUUAGAAACAAACUCAUCAGAGGCCAUGCAUAUCCUCUGCUCAGUCAGAGAGCCGCACGACAAGCACCUUCUGGACAAGAUGAACGAGUGCAUGACCAAACAGGCCUGUCGGCUGCCCACCCUCACCCUGCUCGGCCACGUCAUUCGCAAGCAGCCGUCCUGGAUCCACAAGAUUGCCCGAUACCCUCUUCUGCUAUCACUGCUCAAAUGCCUAAAGACUGAUACAGAUGUGGUGGUGCUGAUAACUGGGGUGCUGGUGUUGAUCACGCUGCUUCCAAUGAUUCCUCAAGCGGGAAAACAACACCUGUGGGAGUACUUUGACAUAUUUGGCCGCUUGGCAUCCUGGAACCUCAAGAAUCCGGGUCACGUUUCUGAGGUUUACUUGAUCCACUUACACGCCAGCGUUUAUUCGCUCUUCCACCGCUUGUAUGGCAUGUACCCUUGCAACUUUGUGUCCUACCUGCGCUCUCACUACAGCAUGAAGGAAAACAUGGAAACAUUUGAAGAAGUGGUCAAGCCAAUGCUUGAACAUGUGCGUAUCCACCCUGAACUGGUGACAGGAACCAAGGAUCAUGAGCUUGACCCCACCAGGUGGAAAAAGUAUGAAAUCCACGAUAUCGUCAUUGAAUGUGCCAAAGUGUCUCUCGACCCGAAGGAGGCCUCCUGUGAGGAGGGAUAUGCCACCAUGCCUGACAACUUUUACCCUCAAAUUCACCUGCGACCACAAGACUGCACUUCCAGCCCCUACACAGACCUCUAUAGCAGCUAUGGAAGCUCUUCAUCAACUCCGUUCUCCACUCCACGGCAGCCGCUGCCUCCGCCCCUGUCUUUGCCCCCCUUCUCAGGGACACAGUCAACCAACCGUAGCCCACAGACCACCAAACGGCAGAGCUCCACCUAUGACCCUAACUCCUCCUAUGGCGGGAAGGACCCACUGUGGAGCCCCUCCUCUUUGUGUGGAAUGGCUACGCCCCCUUCAUCCAGGGGCAUGUCGCCCAACUUUGAGCUCUCCCACAGUGCCUCGCACCUUCCCAGCCGCUUCCACUGCACUUCAGGCGGGAAAGGAACGUCUGCCUCCAGUACUCCAGCCCCUUCAUCACCACCACCCACUCUAGCAGAUGACUUUCCGAUCAUCUCCUUGCCAGGCAACACAGUCCAGUCCAGUCCACCGAGAAAAGAUCGCAGACACGUCGACAGUGGUAAACCUGCACUGGUGAGACAGGAACCUGUGAAAGACUCAGAGAAAAGCGGCGCCACAAACAAAGAUGCUGCCGAUGCUGCAAAUGUAUCCAUGACCAUGACCGAGCUCUCGGUUUUCAUGAAGUUACAGGAGUUGGAGCUUCAGCUGAGAACGGAAAAAGAAAAGGAGGAGGCGGCUAUCACAGAGGAGCUGCUCAAGAUUACAGAGGAUAAACAGGAUCGUUCAGGCCUGAGGGGUUUCGACUCUCCUUUCUACCGAACCACUGAGACCCUGACUGGCUGUCAGACACAAGACAAGAUCGUCACCAACAGCCAAAUGGGCGGGUCCGUCCCGGACACACACCAUGCAGCGUGUACGCCAGACAAAGCGGAGAAUACCACAAGCGCCAGCGAUGUUGGGAGCGAACAAGGAGGGGGAGCGGGAGACAGUCGCAGUUUAGCCAUCGGCCUCGAUCAGUCCUGGCCCUUCCUGUCAGGUUUUACCCCGAUUGACCACCACCUGCACCGGAGCCCCUCGGCCCCAGAAGAGGAGGUGUCAAAGUUUGGGAUGUUCUCACCUAGUCCCUGUGGCAAGACGCCUGCAUCAGUGCCAUACGAAGUGUUAUUUGACCUGGCUUUGCCCAGGGCGGCCUCUCUCUACGUAGGCCGGAAGACAUCUGAGGCCGUUCACAAAGCGGCACGAGAGAGGCUCUCAAGACAUGAAGAGGGGCUGGAGGACGGGGAAGAGGAUGGCCUUCUGACUGCUUCACCACUAGAGGUGCUGGAUCGCCUUGUUCAGCAGGGGAGUGACGCCCACGAUAAAGUCCUCAAGCGAUUACCUCUGCCAAGUAAAUCAGCUGACUGGACGCACUUUGGAGGGUCGGCUCCAUCUGACGAGCUUCACAUGCUGCGGAGCCAGCUGCUCCUGCUGCACAACCAGCUGCUUUACGAGCGCUACAAGCGAGAGCAGCACGCCGUCCGCAACAGACGCCUCCUGCGACGCAUCAUCAACGCCACCGCACUUGAAGAGCAGAACAAUGCCAUGAAGGACCAGCUGAACCUGCAAAGCGUGGACAUCUCGUCUUUGAGGGAGAGUUUGCAGGUGGAGCAGCAGCGCUACAGGCAGCUGUGGGACGACCGAGAGACUGUGGUGACCCGUCUGCACAGUCAGAUCAGACAGCUGCAGCAGGGACGAGACGAAUACUACACCAAGAACCAGGACCUCCAGAGCAAGUUACAGGAGUGUCAGAAAAGGCUGGGUGAGUUGGAGGCAGAGCUUCAGGGGGCAAAUAACAGAGUCUGUCACACUGGGCACCUGCUCAAACAGAUGAGCAUCAAGUUAAACAACAGUGAGAGCACCCAGCAGCGAAUGAGCUUCCUGAACAAACAGUUGCUGCUCCUCGGGGAGGCACACAAACUGUCCAUGCAGGAACUGCAGUAUGGAGGCGCAGAUAAUACCAAGCAACCCACCUCCCAUGAAGCCCAGAUGCUGCAGGUGUCCUAUAGAGAGGAGAUGGAGUCUCUGAGACAGAACCUGCUGGUUCAGGGCCAGAAACUUGAGGCAGCACACCAGAGAGCCUCUGAGCUGGAGACCCUCCUCUCCAAGAAGGAACACCUCAUUGCCGAGCAGAAGAAGUUUCUGGAGGAUGUGAAAUGUCAAGCAAAGGCAGAGCUGCAGGCCUCCGACAGCAGGUACCAGGCUCAGCAGAGAAUCACGCAACUGCUACAGAUUGAAAUCCUGCAACUGUACAGCAAAGUGGAGAUGGAGGCUCCGGUUAACAGUGCUGGUUUGCCACAAGGGGUUAGAUCUGACCGACACACACCUGCUGAUUCCAGCAGCAUCCUGGUGACCGAUGGACUAAGUCAAACUUGCACCAAUGAAGAGAGGGACAGCAGAGCACCACAUGACUCACAUUGCGGCAACGGCAGCACUUUAUUACCAGGGCAACUCAAAGCAAGCAAAACUUCCAAGAGCACUGCCAACUCGGUCAAUGGUAGCAAGGAGUCAGGCCCGUCCCUCAUGGUGGACCUCCCCCUGUCCUGCCCCCGCACCAACCGGCUUGCCACUCUGACACCAUCUGACGCACCCCUUACCGUAGGCUCCUACCCCAGUGCCAAGAGCUUCCUUGGCAUGAGGGCACGCGAGCUCUUUCGCAACAAAAGCGAGAGUCAGUGCUGCGACGAGGACGAGGAGGACGAGCAUCUGCAGCCGCCACAGCUUGCCGGCCUUGCCCACAGUCUGAAGACUGAGCUGUGCGCAGAGCCGCCGUGCCCGGGUUCGGUCGCCCACCUCGGCCUUGCGUCCCCUCCCAUUCCAACCAUCCUGACUCCGACUCCAUCCUUGGCUGCUCCUCUCCAUGCACCGGCCAAGAAAUCCCUGGAGCCAAGACAGCAGGCCCCCAGUCAGGAAAGCCCCCGGAGGAGGAUAGGGCGGGUCCCGUUGGGAACUGCGCGGCCCCGGCAGCAACAGCUCAAGAUCAUGGACUACAAUGAAACGCAUCAUGAGCACAGUUAAGAGACACAACUGAGCCGCAACGUCCAAAGCUAAAGUUUGAGAGGAUUUACAAAUCGGUCAAAGAGCCAUACGUCAGUAACUCUUUGAAAGUCAGUAUUAUUUGCGCCAUUCCUCUGAGUGGACAACAGGAUCUAGCCCCACUUGUUUUUUUGUUGUUUUUUUUUUUUAAAUAGCCGUUCAUCCUGAAUUCGGUUAUGCCCAAGAUGCUCUUAGAUAACACAAGUAGAACGUGAUCAGAAGAUUUAACUUCCACUUGGAGAUUCAGGCACUUUUUAAAUGGUCAGUUCAACGACGAUUCCAAAAUGUUUUUAUCUUUCCAUUUUGUUCCAUUCAAACAAAGCAUCUCUGGCACCGGCCUACACCAUGAUCUUGUGGGUUCUAAUGUUCACAAUGCAAACAGAUGGCGCAAACAUUUCGAAUUUGAUUGACUGAACAAAUGAUAGGAUAUCCCUCCACCUCCCUUCCCAAGAUCAGUUAUUUAAAGCAAAACAAGGAUCAUUAUUUUCUUUCACCGACAAACCCAGACCAUAUCAUUGUCGGUAAUUAUGAAGUCACAUUCCCAUUCGUAAUUCCAAGGUUACUGAUCAAAAUCUGUCUGAAGGAGUGUUUGUUUGCACUUUGUCAGGGAUGCCCACACCUUGGCAUCCAAACGCUUUCUUUCACUGCUGCACCAACAGUCGGUGACUUUCUUGUCUUCUCUCUAAAUCCUGUUGUCCACAAAGAUCUCCUGCUGUCAUGUCCUUCUGCAACGCUAUCUACAGCAUGUUCACUGAUCCACUUUAAAUGCCAACCGUAGUAAUUACAACAACCUAAGGCGGAAGGUACAAUCUGCACAAACUGAAGGGACUCUUGAAUGGAUGACAUGGCAAAAAAGGAAGUUCUUAAAGCAGUGGCUUGUGUUUAACUGUGAACAAUAAAGGUCGUCUUCAAUGUUUUGCACUACAA